AUGGUCCUAGUGGUUCUUUUAGCCUGGAUUUGCUCGGUUGGCCUAGCCGACGAGUUUCAUGCAGUUGGUAGGUCUUUUUUCAAUAUUCUUAUCAAAAAAGCUUUUUUAUUUUGAAACUUAAUUAAGGGCAGAAAACCGUUUGGGCAGUAUGAUAAAGAAAGAGUUAGUGUAAAUGAAUACAAAUGCAGUUUGUUGCAAAAAAUUUAUUUUUUGAUUAAAAUAUAAACCUAUAAAUCAUUCAGUGCAAUUUAAAAAUUUUUUAACUGUUAAGUAUAUUUUAAUACAUAAGUCAAUGUUUAAAUAGCUUGACAGAACUUAUUUUAGAAAAAUGUUACAGUUGUUCAUCAGCAAAUUUUGCGAGUCGAUGGCCUCGUGAAAACAAUAGUUAUUUGUAUAUAACAGAACAACCAAUAAUGGCAGUUGAAAGUUGCGAUAACAUGAAAGCCGCUCUGCCUGUGGUACCCUGCCCAAAUAGUGUUUGUGUAAAAUUCGUAUUACUCGAAUCUUCAGCAACACGUGCCGUUUGUAGUGCUUGUAAGUUUUUAAAUUACAUUUGUUAUAUAAACCAUAAUAUAAUAUAAAAUUAUAGAGACGUGUUUUGCUUGUUCUUAUGAUGACAUAGGGAAGUAGACUUGAAAUUACUAUUUUUGACACUUUUUGUAAGAGUUCUCUAAAAAUUGUUUGGAAAUUAACCAUCGCUAACAAUAGGGUUUACCAAAACAACAUACUAUGACAUUAAAAAAUAUGUUACUAUUUUAAAAAGCAUGGUUUUGUAAAAAUUAAAAAAUUGCAGUUCAUUUUCACUUUGCUUCGUAAAUUUUUUUCAAGAAUAAAUAUUGUUACAGUCUAUUUUCAUUGUAAUGCCUUCUAAAUAACAUAAAAAAUCAUCAAAAUUUUUAGUAAACGCACCGGUUAUUGUCAGGGACUGCUGGAGCCGUGUUUUACAUUCAAACGAUCCUGCCUUAAAACUAUUACCUAUGCAGGAAAAACCUGUAAGUUGUCAUUCUUGAAUUGCCAAUUUUUAAUAUAAAAUAAUAUUUUGCUUAAUCUAUUUCCUGAAACUACAUUUUUUAGAAUAAUAAGGAUUAAAGUUUAGGUACGUCUAAUUGGAGGACUGGCGGAUCCAGACAAGACAAUCGGUGCUGUAUAUGCUUGUAAUGGUUUUUUAUGCAAUUUGUCGAGCUUACACAACCCGUUGAUUUCACUCAUUUCGAUAAUUUUAUUCUUGAUAUGCAAGUUAAAUUAA